AUGUCAUCGCCAUCAAACUACAUCCCCUUGGGCGGCUUAAUCGUCUCACAAAAAGACAGUAGACUUACAAACGAUGAUUGGGAGAGGUUACAAGAAAGAUUUGGAAGCUGGACAUGCAUUUCACUGGCUACCCGCUCCGCCGAAUCGCCAGAUCAAACAGCCGAGAUCUUCCUACAGUCAGCAUCCUUCAAGCAGUAUAGAAAUCUUCUCGUCGAGAAAUGGAUUCGUCUCGAGCUCAUGAUCUGUCCUGGUGAUGGAAGAGUUGGCUUCGCCAGAGUCUAUAUUCUGCCAGACGAUGUCGAUAAUCGACUCAUCGAUAGGGCCCGCCGCCAGUUGCGCAAUUCCCGCAAGUCUCUCAUCUCCGUCCUGGACCUGACGCACGAGACUUGGUCCGGUCGGUUGUCUGCAAAUCGCAUGUCUUUAGACUACAUUUUCAAGGAGGAUGUUAACCAAGGGGUCGAAUCCGUUUCCCUUCUUCAACUCUUCAACACCAUCCCCUCUCCUGACCCUGCCCCGGAGAACAUCAACAACCCCACCGACCAAGAGGCUGCUUAUAAUGUACUGGAUGGCCAUCUGCCCGGCUUGAAAAAGACAUCCAUCUUGCACGAUUACCAGCGGCGCUCGGCCGCAGUCAUGAUCCAGCGCGAGAGCCAGCCCGGUCGGUUUAUCGACCCGAGACUUGCCAAAGGAGUCGACCAGAACGGCGCGAUUUUCUACUACGACAUUGGCGCUGGUGUCCUUUUGAAAGGGCCUAGAUUCUAUGACGGUGUCAGGGGAGGGAUCUUGGCUGAACAGAUGGGCUCUGGCAAGACUCUCAUAUGUCUUGCUGUCAUCCUUGCAUCCAGACAUUCAGGCACCAGCACGCCCGAUCUGCACCAAGGUAGCGAUAUUCGUGUGAGAAAACGAAUAGGCUCGCUCGCGGACAUGGCGGCGUCCAUAGCCACCAGCAAGUCGGCCGCUUGGAAGUCCUACUUCAACGUCUACGAGCCGAAUGAGUCGGUAUAUUCCAAGUGCAUUCAUGCCAUCGAGCGCAACCCUGGCUUCUAUCACGUCCCUGCUCACCUACCUACCCGUCCCAGACGCCACGAGUCUCCUGUUGGGCAGCCGCCAAAGAAGAUCUGGCAUAGCCACGCGUCGCUUGUGGUUGUACCCAACAACUUGGUUCGCCAGUGGGUGCAGGAAAUCGAGAAGCACACCGUUAGCCCAGGUACCCCAGCAGGUCUGAAGGUGCUCCUGCUCACUGGCCACGAUGAGAAGAUUCCCGAUCCGAAGACUCUUUCUGCCUACGAUAUCAUCCUCGUCACCCAGUCACGACUCGACAGAAUCUGGAGAGAGACAAUGAUGCUCGACUGCCCUCUUUCCGAGGUUCACUUCAAACGAUGCAUCGUUGACGAAGGUCACAAGCUGGGCCACGCAAAAAUUGCAAAAAAAAGUAAUGUUCUCCUCGCCAUCGAUGCCAUGUUGUUCUCUGCUCGCUGGAUUGUGACCGGCACGCCCGCUGUUGGGCUGUUUGGCGUCGAUGACCAACACUUCAUCGACGCCACUGCUGGUGCCCCUGAUAAUGCCAGCAAGGCGGCGACUUUGGCCGAGGCAGAGAAGGGAGAUCUCGAGAAGAUUGGAGCGAUAGCAUCGUUGUACCUGAACGCUCGGCCUUGGUCCAACUCCGUGUACGAGGCGGCAGACACGCCAGCGGAUUGGGCCGUCUACGUGAUGCAGCCACAGCACAGUCCCAGGAGUACCGGCCACAAGGGCGUCUUACGAGCAACACUGAACUCGCUGCUCAUCAGACACCGGUUGUCUGAGCUCAACACUCUGCUUCCUUCAGUCAACGAGAAAACCGUCGUGCUGGAUGGAUCCUAUCAGGACAAGCUGUCUCUCAACAUUUUUUCGAUGAUGAUCAUCUUCAACGCCGUGCAGUCCCAGAGAGUCGACCGGGACUACUUCUUCGAUCCGCACCAGCGGAAGGCCCUGCUCCAGUUGGUUCACAACUUAAAACAAGCCAGUUUUUUUGGUGGCUCAUUUUUUUCCAAGGAUGAAAUUAGCAAGGCACUCGAGACUGCGCAGAUGUUUGUAGCGGAGAAGAAAGUGUCCAUCAGCCUGGAGGAUGAGGCUUUGCUGAAGCAGGCCAUGGAGGUGGCCCACAUUGCUGUCAACAACCAACUCAAAGACUUCAGCAACAAGUUCAACGAGGUGCCCAUCUUCGUCCGUGACUUCCUACCUAACGGUGUGAGCUCUGCUUGGUCCCUGGACGACAGGGAGACCAAUCCUACUUGCACCGAUUCGGGCAUGGUGCUUGCUGCACAGAAGCUCAUCCUUUCCUCUGGGGGCGACACUGCAAAGCUCAACAGCCUUCUCAACGGCGAACUGGAGGAGAAGGGCCACAGGGAGCAGGCUGAACAAAUUGUCUCCACGGCACAAGUAAUUAAGGCUGAUUCGCGACCAUCGAGGUACCCCAGCGUUCUCGCUGGCAACACAGGGCUGGGGGGCGAGAGAGUGCCUCGCCAUCUCCGAACGAACGCUUUGCAAAUAUCAAGCCAUCCUCACCCCGAACAGGAUCUUCCGGAAGACUUGAAAAAGGCGAAGCUCGUUUCCACUGUAUCGGCCAAACUUUCCUACCUGAUCGACGCCAUUGUUGAGCACCAAGAGCGGGAGAAACUAAUCAUUUUCUACGAAAAUGAGAACGUGGCGUGGUACUUGGCGGGUGUACUCGAUGUGAUUCACGUACGCCAUCUCAUUUAUGCCAAGAAGCUAUGCUAUGAGCGGAAAAUGUCUUAUAUCAAUACGUUCAACAACGACCCCGAACUCCGUGUCAUCCUUAUGGACUUGACUCAGGCAGCCGUAGGUCUCGACAUGAAGGCCGCGUCGAGAAUAUACUUCAUCAGCCCUGUACUGAACCCUCAGAUUCAGGCGCAGGCCAUCGGCCGAGCUCGGCGUAUCAGCCAGCAGAAGCCAGUGACUGUCGAGACGCUCGUUCUGCGGGAUAGCAUUGAGGAAGUGAUUGUAGAGCGCAAGAAGAGCAUGUCCCAGGUCGAGCACUGGAAGUGCAAGUCCAUCCUGGACGACCGUCCUAUUUAUAAUUGGAUCCGGAACGCCAGCAUCAUUCCUCUCGAAAAGGACCAGAACAACUACUUGGCGCAGACAGUCCCUCUGGGCCACCCACGGCCGAUUUUCGGCGGCAAGUCAGCCGAAGUUGAUCCUGUAGGGGCAGACCUCGUCAUGAGCGGGACGGGAGCCGAGUCUGCAGACCACAAGUCGUCGAACGGUUUGAAGCACCCCCGCAGCCCCGAGCACGAGAGCAACGGAGAGUCGGACACUCUCCCUUCACGCCGUGUUCGCUUCACGAUAGGGGAUGGAGAUAGGAGCCUUCAGCGGUCCACACGGGGUGUGAAAUUUGCAGACGAGUGA